AUGGGUGAUCAUUUGGCCAGGGCCCAGGAUUUCGAGAACAGGGCAGAGAAGAAGCUCAGCGGUUGGGGUUUGUUUGGCUCCAAAUUCGAGGACGCCGCUGAUCUCUUCGACAAAUCCGCCAAUUCCUUCAAGCUCGCUAAAUCAUGGGACAAAGCAGGAUCCACCUACAUCAAGUUGGCGAGUUGUCAUUUGAAGUUGGAAAGCAAGCAUGAAGCUGCCCAAGCUUAUGUUGACGCUGCGCAUUGCUAUAAAAAAACUAACAUAAAUGAGGCUGUAUCUUGCUUAGAUAAUGCUGUAAAUACAUUUUGUGAAAUUGGAAGACUCUCUAUGGCGGCUAGAUAUUUGAAGGAAAUCGCUGACUUGUAUGAGUCAGAACAGAAUGUCGAGCAGGCCGUUGUUUACUUUGAAAAAGCGGCUGAUUUUUAUGAAAAUGAAGAAGUGAACACUUCUGCAAACCAGUGCAAGCAAAAAGUUGCUCAAUACUCUGCCCAGCUAGAACAAUAUCAGAGAUCAAUUGAGAUUUAUGAAGAGAUUGCUCGCCAGUCUCUCAACAAUAAUUUGCUGAAGUACGGAGUUAAAGGACAUCUUCUUAAUGCUGGCAUUUGCCAACUUUGUAAAGGAGACGUUAUUGCUAUUACCAAUGCAUUGGAGCGAUAUCAGGAUUUAGAUCCAACAUUUUCAGGAACACGCGAAUAUAGACUUCUUGCAGAUAUUGCUGCUGCAAUUGAUGAAGAAGAUGUUGGGAAGUUUACUGAAGUUAUAAAAGAAUUUGAUAGCAUGACCCCUCUGGAUUCUUGGAAGACAACACUUCUUUUGAGGGUGAAAGAGAAACUUAAAGCCAAAGAACUUGAGGAGGAUGAUCUUACUUGA